CUGGAGGAAAGAGAAGCUUCAGCUGGAACGCGACCAACCAAAAAAUAGAGGUCGCUCUCAGAUUGCACUCGCCAAUUCCCAAUUCCUACCAACCUUCAUCCCACCACCACCUUCGUCCGCCCUUACCAUUGGGGAUUGACAUCAUGGCUCAACAACCACUUCCCAAUUCUCAACAACCCCUCGAUGUUUACGGCGGUGAUGAAGUAUCAGCCCUCGUCCUCGAUGCCGGUUACUGCCACACCCGAGCAGGUUUCGCCGGCGAAGAUGUUCCCAAAUCAGUCAUACCCUCUUUCUAUGGCAGUUUCAAAUCCGGCGAAGGCGACGGUGCCACCAGCCACGAGGUCUUCGGUGAUGAGUACCUAGUCCCCCGUGCCGGCUUUGAGGUAAAGAACUACAUGUCGCGCACCGAAAGCAUAGUUGAGGAUUGGGAUACUGCCACUAAGAUGUGGGAGCACGUCCUCAUCAAGCGUCUACAGGGCGAGAAAGCUACGCCACCCAGUAAGAAUGGGCUUAACGAUCCUUUUGAAGAUGGCGAGGGAGAUAUCGCGAUGGAAGAUGCAGAGGAACAGGAGAAACCAUUGGCUGAGAAUCCUCUAUUGAUGACUGAAGCGCCGUGGAAUGUCGGGAAGUCGCGAGAGAAGGCUAUUGAAAUCGCUAUGGAGAACUGGGGAUGUCCUGCAUUCUGGUUAUCGAGAACACCGGUGUGCGCUGCUUUUGCGGCUGGCAAGGCCUCGGCAUUGGUGCUUGAUGUAGGAGGUGCGAAUACGAGUGUCACCGCUGUUCACGACGGCAUGAUCUUGAAGCGCUCUAUCCAGAAGUCUCCAAUCGGAGGCAUGUGGCUAUCGCAACAAGUCCGACAUCUAUGGGAAAACAGCGACCCGAAAAUCGACGUCAUCCCGUCUUACAUGAUAGAAAACAAGACUCCCGUAGACGCAGGCGCUGCUGCCCAGGCUACGCUGCGCAAGUUCGGCUUCGAUCUCCACCAGUCUUUCCGAACUUACGAAGAAGAGCGCCUUUUAACCGAGUUCAAAGAAUCGGUCGUCGAAGUCUGGCGAGGUCCCGGUAAAUUCCUUAACAAUGAAGAGUUAUCUAAGACACAGCCCGGCCGCGUAUUCGAGAUGCCGAACGGUUCGAACCAGAUGUGGAGAGAGCAACGAUACAGAGUCUCGGAGGGCAUGUGGGAUGAGGCGGCCGCAUUACCGACGGGCGAGACUGUCACCAAGGCCCAGACAAUCCCCGAGCUGAUUAAGGCCGCUGUAAAUGCGGUAGAUGUGGACUUACGACCUAACCUCCUGGGCAACAUUGUGGUGACAGGAGGUUCAAGUCUGCUAAAUGGAUUCAAUGACCGUCUUAACCAGGAGUUGUCGAUCAUGUAUCCUGGUAUGAAGGUUAAGAUUCACGCUGCUGGUCUAACUACCGAGAGGCGCUUUGGUGCUUGGAUAGGAGGAAGCAUUCUAGCAAGUUUAGGUACAUUCCACCAGAUGUGGAUCUCGCGCAAGGAGUAUGAGGAAAAUGGCGUCGGCAUCGUUGAUAAGCGAUGUAAGUAAUCGUUAUGAUCGCCUAACCGUUCUACGGAACUUUCCUCCAACCCCCGUUGCGAAUUCACUUUGAUCGAGGCGGAGCUACACGUAUCUCCCCCUAGGCGUCCGGAGUCGGUAGAUAGCCAACGCAGGCAGGUAGGCUUAGGCACGAUUGUUCUUUUAGAGGGACAGAAAAAAUAGGAACAGGGGAUAGCUUUUUUUUUCUGUAACUACGAAAAAAAAAUCAAGAGUCUGAAUUUUUCAUCUAAUAAUGUCCGGGAGAGCUAGAAAAUGUUU